CACAGAUAAGCUUUAAGCAGUCGGGCGUGCAGUUCGUGCACUAGUCUUGCAAGGCAGGCAUGAUCGGCAUCUUCGUGUCCGACACUGAUUGUCACAGCAAGGGUGCAAUCUCGUAGCGCGAACAUGGCAAACGUUUCUCCGAUAGCCCGCAGCCGCAGCUGUACAGAUUUGCCCUGCCUGCUGGUGUUCGCCGCCGCUCUGACUGCGUGGAUCAUCGCGGCAGGCAUCGCCGCGUCGCACGGCUCUAUCAGGCGCUUCGUCAUGCCGUCCGACACUCAGGGAAACAUCUGUGGCGUCGACAAGGGCUACGAAAACAAGCCCUAUGUGUUCUUUUUCGACUUAACAAAGUGCGCGUUAGCCAACUCCGCCAUCUUCGGCUGCGCGACGCCGCAGAUCUGCGUGGAAAAGUGCCCCGACACGUACUUCUUCCGUGCACCUCUAGACCUUCUGAAAAACUCCGCGUACAACUUGACGCUGGAGAAAGAACUGAAAAAGAACCUGAAGUACUGCCUACCGGAUACCGACAUGACCAUGCCGUACGAGCGGCUGGCGGACGGCUACCACUGCCCUUCGUGGUACACCCGCUCGCGGCCGGUGUCCGGCCGCUGCCUGCCCGUGUCGGUCGCCGACUCGGUGCAUAAGCUGAACAACCUCUCGGAGGCCCUGCGCCAAGAACUGACCGACCGACAGGCCCGCGGUCACAGCCGCAGCGGGGUCCAGUAUCGCUUGCAGGCGGCCCACGGCCGGCCGAACAGCACCAGUCGGCUGAACGGCACCAGCCAACCAGGCAGCACCAGCCAGCCCGACAGCGUGACCCCGCCGUCAGAGCCGGAUAACAAGGACGCCAUCUCCCGCCGAGUCGUGCAGGCGGCGGCGGCGGCCGUGCGCCAGAUGCGCUUCGUCGUCAAGCACAUGGCUGGCCUGACGUGCUGGAGCCUGGUGCUGCCGCUGGUGCUGUCGCUGCUGUUCGUGCUGCUGCUGCGUUGGUUCGUGGUGCCCGCCAUCUGGCUGAGCCUGCUCGGCAUCAUCGGUGGUCUGCUGGCGCUGACGGCCGUCUGCGGCGUCCGCUACCAGCCGAGUACACGCGGGUGCCCUACCUUCUGGCUGGUGCUGCUCAUCAUCUGCGCCGUGCUCUCCGUCCUCAUGCUGGUGCUGCUGAUCGCGCUGAGAAAGCGUAUCAAGCUGGCGGUGGCGCUCCUGAAGCAGUGCAGCACGGCCAUCGGAGACAUGCUCCCCAUCUUGACCGUGCCCGUGUUCAGCUUUAUCCUCCAGCUGUCUGUCUGUCUGAUGUUCGUGUUCGUCUGCCUGUUCCUGUUCGGUAGUAGCCACCAGUGGCACGUGCAGGGCGAAUGUUAUGGCUGCGGGGCUGACUACCAAGAGGGCGAAAUCUGCUAUCAGCAGGACUUCGCGGCGCAGUGCGGCGACAAAUGUCCGGACGCCGCCUGCCGCAGCAACCAGCCGCUGUUCAUCUACGCAUACAACAUCUUCGCGCUGGUGUGGGCCUUCGGCUUCGUGACGGCCAUCAACCAGAUCGCCGUGGCGAUGGCCUUCUGCACCUGGUACUUCAGCAGCAGCAAGCGGUUGCGCCUGACGGUGCCCGCACUGGCUUACGUGCACACGCUCACCUACCACGGCGGCACAGCGGCGUUCGGCUCGCUGCUAAUCACGAUCUGUCGGCUGGCGCGCUGCCUGCUGAUGGCCGCCAAAAAGCGGCUGGAGAAGUACGGCGGCUGCGUGGUUAUGCGCAACGUGGCGCGCGUGGCCGUGGCCGACUCGAUAACGGCGUUCGUGCUGCUGCUGGGCCGGCUGCUGGUCGUAGCCGGCAGCGUGCUGCUCUGCCACCUGCUGAUGGCCGCCGUGGAAGCCGAUCCCGUGCCCUGGCUGUUGCCGUCCCUCUUCAGCGCCGCCUUUGCCUACGUUGUGGCGGGCACCACAUUCGCGCUGUUCGAUAUGGGCGUCGACGCGCUGUUCUACUGCGUCAUGGUUGACCUGGAGCACAACGACGGCAAGGGCAACACGGAUGGCUGGCAGCCCGCCAACGGUAGCGGUCUGGGGUCCCGUGCCGCUCCGGGCUGUGUGUUACGGCCUACCGUCCGGGCCGUUCGCCUGGUAUGA